CUCUUUGUGCUGCUGAUUCGUUGUUGAAGUCGGCAUCGAGUUCGUGUCUUUGGCUCUCACCUGUGCGUUCGAAAGCAACAACAAUAAGAAGAGAAGAGUGCACGAAGCCACUUCUGCAGCUUGAUCGUAGCUCGGGUCGCAGUCACGGUGAUCGGUCGAUUUCCAUUCAGUUACGAGUGAAACGAGAAGAAGUGCAAACGUCUCAAGCGGAAUAUCAAGUUGUAAAUAACUCAGUUGCGAACAUAACAGAAGCGAACGAAGUGAAAGAAGAGAGAGGAGAGAUAAAGCAACGCAAGAUUACAAAGUUGAAUGAAUAUGAUAUUUGCAAGAAAUCGAAAUAAAUCACAGAUCUAACAAGUUUUAACAAGCGCGAAAUCUGUGCAUGCAAAAAAUAAUAAUAAUUUGCAUGAAGCGUAGCCAAGACGCGCCAUUUAAUUUAACCCACUUUCUAAACGACACAAGAAAAAAACCCACAAAACAAACAACAAUCGAGAAAAAUCAACACAACGAAAUAAAUUAACAAGCAAAUAAUAUUAGGUUAUAAAAAAAAAAAGAAUGUGCAAGUGAUACUUACGAAUUUUGUUGACUUCAUAUUGUUUUUUGUUUUUUAAUCAAAUACCCAUAAAAUCCAAUACGAAUUCCAAAUAAACGUUAACCGGCCACAGCAACAAUAAUAGCUUUUAGCAGGAAAAAGUUGACUGCAAACGCAUUGUAAUCGAUACGAAUACCGGAACUCCCCUUGCCAACCCCCGUUUGCCGUCUGUCAGUCACCUAAAACCGCAGCAACAGCGACAACAACUGCAACGCGUCGUGUAAAAUACACCAACAGCAACAACAACAAUUACAAGGGAUCGAGCAGAUCCUAUGGAUUCAUUUCUUUAGCUUGGAAACGAGUUAACAAGCUUACGUAUUGAAUACCAACAACAACAGCAACUGCAACUUGUUGGCUAACUUUGGCAUAGAGUUAACAAAGUCUUUGAAAAGUUCUGAAAACUUCUCUCUUGACUGCAAUUUCAUAAUAAAAGUCGGCUGACAACAACAUUUCUUAGCACCUUUAACGUGCUUGGGCUGCCGGUUUCAUAUUUCAUAUAAAAAAACAAAACCAAAAAUAAAACAAAUAAAAACCGCACUCAGUGAACUACAACAACUACACGUCUAGAAUUUCUUGGAUAAUUAUCACCCGUCUGGCACAUUUUUGUGUGUUGCCAAAGCUGACGCAGUGAAAUUGUGGAUUUUUUUCACCCAUAUUUUGUUUAAAAUACUUUUUCGCCGGUUUGCAUAAACUCCCUGCGGGAAAAACCAUAAAACUAAACGGGCAGCAAAACGUGUCAGGAACAAAGUUCGCGCAGAACAUGGUGAAAUAAGGUAGCAAACAAAAACAAGACGACAACAGCAACAGCGAAUCGCAACAGCAACGUAAUUACGCAACAAUGUCAUCCUCGAUUUGUUCGCACUUUACGCAGAAUGCGUGGAAGAAGGAUUUAUGCUCGAACUGUUUCAAGUCCAAGGAUGAGCACAAAGCAGCCGCUGCUGCAGCAGCUGCUGCCGCCGCCGGACAACACAGCUCCAAGCCGAGUGCCCUCAAGUCAGAUAAUAGCCACACAAAGACUGAUUACCCCAACAAGCACAAAACGCCCGCCAAGAGCAUCAUCAAGAAGGCAUUUGGCGUGCGGCUCACCACAACUAGCAUGACUAGCAGCAGCAGCAACAACAGCAGCUUUAGCAAGUCCAAUAGCAGCAGCAACAGCUCGAAGUCAGGCAAGGUUUGCUUUCCCAAGCAGCUGCACGAGAUCAUUGGCUAUGGCGGCGAGUGGUCGGAGGACGACGACGAUGAUGAUGAUCAUGACUUUAUGAAUCUGGGCAACGAGCACGAUGACAUGGCCAUCACGGAAACCGAUGAUGAAGAUGCCGUUGAACUGAAACGCAUAACGCGCGCCAAUACCGAUUUCAACAUGAACAAUGGUAAUUUGCUGGGCGAUGCACAGGAUAACAUUAAGAAAUCCUUUGCUGCGCUGAAACUGGGCGCACCACAGGUGGACAAGGAGGGCAAAAAGCAAACGCUAACGAUCAAUGUGAUGCCCUUUGGCCAGCCCACAAAAAAGACAGCGUCCAAAGCGACGCCCAGCAAGACAACCGAGUUGUCCAAGACGACAACUACCACAGCAGUUAGCACCAGCACAGUUAUAGCCAAGACAGCCACAACCAUCAAGAGCAGCGUAACAAGCGCAUCCACCAAGAAGGUAACCACAACACUCACACCCACUCUGGUAAAGAGCACGCCAGCAACAUCGUCGCGCGACGGCAAAGAUAGUCCGCCCAUUGAGCGAGCAAUGGAGAAAUCUUUGCUCGAUGAAAUUUCCGAGACGCUUCAGCAGAAACAAAAGCAAAAACAAAGCGAAAUCAACACAGCGACAGCACCAGCAGCAACAUCAGUCACGACAUCGACAACAGUUGCAAGCUGCAGCAGCAAUAAAAUCAAAUUCGAACUGGGCUCGCUGAGUGACGAGCCGAAGCCAUUUCUCGACCUUAAGAAACCGAUCGCACGUAACGCACCCAUAAGCAAGGAUCAGAGCAAACCCAAGGUGAACGUCUGCCACAAAUACUCCGACACUGACAGCAAUUGCUCGGACACGGAGAAUGGGGUCUCUGCCUACUACGACGUAGUUGAGACGCAGCUGAGCUACGAGAAUCUGCCCGAUGGCAAGUACAGUGAGCAGGUUGGCGUGGCCAGUGCCCAAACAGAGGGCAGCAACACACAUUACUCCAGCUCCCAGUACAUAACGGACAUGUUGCUCAGCUCGAAAACACGGGCCGCCAGCUACAAUCUACACGAGGGCAACUUCAUGACCAGCAAGAUCACAUCGGAUGGUUUGAUUGUAACCAAAUGCAGCUCGGACGACGCACUUGACUCGACGGGUAGCAGCUUCGAUGGCAGCUCCGACGAGGAGAACACCUACAACAUGAUUCGCAGUGAAUCCGACUCAGGCAUUGGCAUCAGCAUUGGCAGCGACUACAAAAAUCAGCCCGGCGGGGCGGCGAAGAACAACAACGAACAGCGCUCGCUGGUGGAGAAGAAGCUCAGUGCCAGCACCAAUAACUCCGACUACGAAGACAUCCAAAUAGGCGAUCAGUCUGGCAACCAGACGGCAGCAGUAAAGAGCCGUGAGCUGCAUGGCGAGCCAGACGGCAGCGCCGAUCCAGACAACAAGCUGGAGCAAAAGAAACAGCAACAUCAGCAGCAGCAGCAGCAACAAUCGCAAGAGUCUGGGGCAGAUGCGAUGCCACAACAGGUGCCAGCGCUGCCAAAAUCGCCGCCACCACCAAUGAAAAUCGAUGCACGUCCAUCUUUCUUGCAUGGCCUGAAAAAGCCCGAGCUGCCAGCUAAACCUUUUGUCGGCAACAACAGCAACAUUAGCAGCAACAACAAUUCGCCGCUAAAAACCUUUAUGAGCAAGCGUCAGCCCAGCUGUGCCGAACAACAAUUUAUCACUCAGCUACAAACGGCCAUUUCCAAAUCGAGUGAGAAUUUGCUAUUAGCAACGUCAGCCUCAGCCGCAGCAGCGGCGGCGGCGUCGGCGGCAGCGGCAGCAGCAGCAGCAGCGGCGGCUGAGUCAGCCAAAGAUGAUGCCAAGCUAAAGAAAGGCAAAGCGCCUAAUCCGCCGCCGGAGCCAAAACUGAGCGCGCCGCCUACGCCGGAGCGCGAUUACAGUUUGGUAGUUGAGUUCGAGCAGGCAGCCAAGGCGGAGGCGUCAGCAUCUAAAGCAACAUCUAAAGACGCCAGUGACACAAUCUCAAAAGCAGCAGAAACUAUCGCCACAGCAGCAACGACAGCAACAGCAGCAACAACAACAACAACUGCAACAGUAGCUGGCAGUGGCACAAGCAAUCUGUACACCAGAAAGCCACCCGUGGCUGCUGCUGCGCCCGUCAUCCGCGAAAAGGAUAAGCGAGAGCGUGCAGUCGUCAAUCCCAAAUUUCGCAGUCUCAACACAUUUGUGAUGCAGCGCACCAAUGCGGCCAAGCAGCUCCAGCUGCAAUCUGCCAGCUCCGUGCUGAAUCUCAAGCAGCCCUUAACACCGGAGCCAACGCCGCGCAAUCAACGCCAACUGUCCAUGUCGGAGGAAUGUCUGGCAGCCGCUGGCUUAGUGGAGCAGCCAAACAAAGCUACAAAGUCACCCACUGCCUCACCACCACAGAAGCAAAAGUCAAAGUUCUCGAUCAAAAAGUUUCUGCGCAUGGGCAGCAAUGGGAGCAACAAGUCCAAUGAGCCCAUCUCCAAGAAGGAGAGCAGCGUCUACACGGAGAUCUGCACGGGCGAUGAUGGCAGUGUCAUUGGCAAGCCGAGACUCGUCAUCAUACAUCCCAUUGACAUAAACCCCACGGCCGUUGAAGUUGUCAAGGAUAUCACAAAGACCAGCGAUUCUGUCUCGGCCCAAACUGUGGCUGUGAUCACCGCCAAACCGCCAGCUCCACCGCUACGCGCCAGCGAAGGACAUCGCGCCCAUGAGGCCAAUAAACCGGCUCGCCCACCGCCGCCCAAAAGCGCUGAGCUGCGACGCAAGCAGAACACAGAGCUAACUGCCACGCUCAGCAUUAGCAGUGUGGAUUCCACAAAGAUUUCCGGCAAUCCCAAUGCCGGUGGGUCCAUCAAAUCUAAAGCGGAUAAUGUUUAUGCCAAUUUGGGCGAAAUUCGCUCCUCGAUAGCACCACGCAAGCCGGAGCGAACGGCAAGCAUGAGGGAGCGUGAGGCGCAGCUGGAGCUGGUCCGUAAACGGGGCAUACUUACCGAUACUAUCUCCAUUUGCUCGUCAAACGGUGAGAAUGUAACGGCCGAUCAAUCCAAGGGGCCCAUCACCAAUCCAUUCGAGUCCAAGCCGCCCUCGGGUACAACAAAUGCAACGGGAGGAGCAGUCACAGGGCCAGCUGUCAAUAGCCGCACCAGCACAUUUGAGCGGCAUCAACAGAAGAAAGCUGAGACAAAGAUGUCCAUAUCCAGCAAGCUGGAGAUCUUCGAGCAGCGAGCCCACGACAGCACGGACAGCGCUCAGCGCAGCAGCCUGAAGGAUUCGGUGCGCAAGAUUAACAGCACCAUCGACAGCUAUCUGAAGGACAAGCGCGACUAUGAGAACAUGUACGAGUUUGUCAAAAUGGGCAAUGGCCCAAACAGCAACAGCUCAACAACGACGACAACAACGGCAACAGGGACCAUAACAGCAACGCCACCGGCGCCACCAGCACGCACUAGCAACAUGGAUCUGACCUCUGUCUCCGGCCAACGACUCAAUAGUCAGUCCAACAGGCGCAACAACAUCUACUCGGAUACCGCCUCAAUAGCCAGCUAUUCGCGCAGCGAGUACGGUCCAGUGCGCAACUACGGCCUGAACAAUAGCUUAGCCAACAUUCCACGCGUCAUCUCGGCCUCGUAUGCGGGCAGCGAGGUCGGCGAGUUCGACAUCUAUGCACCGUAUAGUUACUACGGCAGCGAGGCUGGAGGAGAUGUGGCCACGGACAUCAAUGACAGCGUCUGGGGCAUGCCUAUGGGAAACAAGUUCCGCAGCAAGGCCACGAAUCGUUUGCGCAUGCGCAAAGGACGCAGUGUCGUGCACAAGACCAUCGAGGACAACUAUACGGCCGUUGUUGUUGCCAAUCAUGAAGCACUUGCCCAGGUGCUCGAUCAGCUACAACAGACGCCAGUUGUGCCCGCUGCACUGCGACCGCUGGCCAAUGCCAUCAACUUGCGCUACGAGGACUUUACCAUCUUAGAUGGCGCCCAAGCAUUUGUGGUGGGCAAGAAGGCCUUCCAUGCGGCCUUGUGGACCACAUCUCCCGUGACCUUGGCCCUAUCAGCUGACUGCAAUCAGCUGGCGGGCGUUGGCGGCGAGCUUAGUCAAUUAACUGGCGGCGUUUCCGAUGUGCUGAAUCCCAUAACAGAAUUUUGCGAUCUUGUGCCCAGUUACCAACUCCCCUUGAUGCCCACAACGGAGGUGACUCUGCUGCAGGCGACAAUAUCAGUGUUGCCACGACUUCAGCUGGAAACGCUGCAAUCGAUUGGAGCCAUACUCAAGGGAAAAUCCCAGGUGCUAGACAAGAGCAACUUCAACUUCCGCGGCUCCAUACCAAAUCUUAACAGUCUAAAGGAUGCAGCUGGUGGCAAUGCGCUCCGCAACGUCGUCUCUGUGCAGAAUCUGAGCACAUUAAACGAGGAAGCGACGUCGCCUGGCAGUGCGGCGGUGAACGAUGCAGAGGAGAAUACUCCGACAUGUUCCAGUGCCAUGCCCGCGUUUGAUGAUGUGAUGACGCGCGAAGUGGCAUUCAUUAUGUUGCAGCUGGUCAAUGGCAUGAAGAAUCUUCAGGCCAAAGCAAUUGAGGAGACGCCGCUAAGUCUAUCGAAUGUGGUUCUUUCCAAGGAUAUGGAAAACAAGGAUGCGCAGGCGCGACUCUGUGUUCUACAGGGCAAUAACAACGACGAUGAGGAGCCAAUGGGCACACUCUGCAAAUGCGCCCAUGGUGCGCUGACCGAAAUGCUGCCGACAACGAAAGUCACUCCAAUCCUGGCCGAUAUAUUGCAACAGGAGCGAGCCGAGUCCCUGUCCAAGGCUAAGUCAGUGCUGGAGUUUGUACUCUGGGGCCCAUCGGAUGUGGCUCUUUCGGGCUCGACAAAGGAACGUGAACUGGCGUUGCAGCGCUGGCUGGAUCUGGAGCGGGCUACAGUUCUGCAUGGCUUGGUGCGCACGCGCGUCGAGCUGACAGUUUACGAUGAGUGUCAUCUGAUGUUCCUCGUGCGCUCAACGGCCAAAAUGAUGAACGAUGCAGCCAAAAUUGUAUGCAGCUAUCAGCAGCAGGCCGACGCCUGAGGUGCAUCGAUUAAGAACCCUAAUAAUAUUUAUUAUGCAAAAUUGUCAUAGGCGUUUAGUCCUUUGAGUUAUAGUUUAGCUAUACACAAUACUUACAUUCAUAUGUGGGGCUUAAUGAUCCCAUACAAACAUGUUAUAUACAUACGAUGCAUUAUCGAAGAGUUGUAUUUCUCGAAUACUUAUUAUUGAUUUAACCUAAAAACGACAUAAACGAUACGAAAUACAUUUAUCCAUAAAUUUG